GCAGCAGCAGCAGCGCAGACAGCAGAAAAUACAAUUAGGUUCUUGUGAUAUUCUCUCUUUCCGCUGAUAUUUGUUCAUGUGUGUGUCAGGGCGGAUAGAUUAUGUUAGUCCAGCUCCAUCAGUGCGGAUGACGGUGCCGUUUGGAUGUACAUUUCUGGACUUUUCAGCAUACCAUGACCGUGCGCCUUCCUUUCUCUCUACCAGUCUUUUCGUCUCUCUGUGAAGUUGAUGGUGGAAGCAAACACAAUGAGGGGGAAAUACUUUCUCCUCGCCUUCUUGUUGCUCAAACUUAUGGCUCUGGUGUGCAAGGCCGACGGGGAGCCGGGGAUGCUCGGAGGAUUCGUAAUGAUCGCCACCUCCAACGGCUCCAAGGAGGAGGAGAGCGUGUCCGAGGAGACCCCGCACACGGAGGACAAAUGUCGGGGCUACUUCGACGUGAUGGGCCAGUGGGACCCGCCGUUCGUCUGCAACACGGGCAACUAUCUCUACUGCUGCGGCACCUGUGGCUUCCGCUUCUGCUGCGCCUACAAGCACUCGCGUCUGGACCAGAGCACCUGUAAAAACUACGACACGCCAUUGUGGAUGAAGACCGGACAGACCCCGUACAACAAGAAGAACAAGAUGCACGACAGCACCAAAGACAAGACCAACUUAAUUGUUUACAUUAUUUGUGGAGUAGUGGCCAUCAUGGCUCUGGUGGGGAUUUUCACCAAACUGGGGCUGGAGAAGGCGCACCGGCCCCAGAGGGAGAACAUGUACAGGGCCGUUGCCAGCGUGCUGCAGGGCGGGUGUCCAGGUGAGCAGUACCGCGGGGAGGAGGCCCUGGGGAUGCACUCACAGCACUGUGUUUCCAGGACCACAAACCUCCAGGCUGCUCAGAUCAACAAUAACGUUGGAGGGGGCUCAAACAUGGGUCAGCAACACCCUUACCCGGCCCUCAGCCAGCUGUCCCGGGUCUAUGAGCCACCACAGCAGCAGCAGCAGCAGCAGCAGCAGCAGCAACAAACGCACCAUCAACAACAGCAUCAACAACAGCAACAUCAGCAGCAGCAGCAGCAGCAGCAGCUGAAUCAGCAGCAGCAACAGCAGCUUCAGAAUAAGGAUUUCAACAAGUACGCCUCGCUGAAGGCUGUGGCUGCCAAGUACAAUGGUGAACUCUACAACAAGCGUCGGCUGAUGGUGGAGCUGCCAACAAAGGGUGGACUUCCUCUUCAGCCAAUGGGCAACUCCAAAACCUCGUUGGGAAACAUGACGUCAAUGACUCCUCCGAUGACCAACAACCCCAUGGCUUCAAAUCACCUGACCUCCAAUCCCAUGAACCACACCAUCGCUGUUUCUUUCUACGUGACCCCCAUGACAUCCAUGACCCCCAUGACCUCCAUGACACCCAUGACCUCUCUGGGUCCCCUGACUCCAGAGCCAGUGGCCACGUACGUCACAGAGAUGCCCAGAAUCACCUCUGUGUCCACGCUUCCGACAGAGCGACACAUAGCAGCUGGAGUUGGGGGACUGAAGCCCAACGGGCAGAAAAACAAAGGCGGCUACGGCCACGCUGCCUACAGCUCUCACAGCUCUCACCCACAUGCUCACAGUCACAGUAGCAAGCCGGCGGGUCUGGGGGUCACCUCUCUGUCACACCUCGCAGGGACUAUGCCAGGAGGAAUGUCCCUGGGAAUUUCCAGAGCCGCUGAAACCACCAUUGGUUCCAUUUCAGCUACAAUGGGCCGCCCACUGGCAUACAACUCUAACACAAUUGCAACAGGGCACGGUAUGGGUUUGGGGCUAAAGGGCUGGGACGGGACUGAGACGGUGGGUCGUAGGAAGACCUACAGUCACAAGAGACCUCAGUGUACCGUGCUAGAGCCGAACCAGCUUCACAGCAGCAGAGGCCACAGCCACAGUCAACACUUCCUCCCCACACAGCCCUAUUUUGUGACCAACAGCAAGACAGAGGUCACUGUGUGAAGGAGAGGACGACAAGGAGGAAGAAAAAGGAUGCAUGUGGAGUGGCCAAACAAGUGACAAGACACCGACUCCAAUGAGGUGGAGAUCUUUGUGUGUAUUUGUGUGAAGAAGUACAAGCACGUUGGUGUAGUGGUGAAUAUGGUUGGACAGUGACACCGUGUCUGAAUUGUCCUCAUUUCACACCGAGUUCACUGAUCAGCGAAUCACUGAACAGACCUUUGUCGUCAGGAGGAUCACACCCAAGACGGUGACGUCUGUAAGUGUCACACAGAGCUGGGGUGUCUGUGGUUAGAUUAUGGUCUCAAAGAUAAUACCUUCUCCAUAAUGAUACAAUAUCCGAGCAGCGCAGAUGAUGAAAUGGAAAAAAGGGACUGGCUCAUACUGCACGAAGAAAACCUGAGAAGCAAUAUGAAGGACUGAGGAUAAAACAGUGAAGUAUCUUGGGAAGAAAGCAUACAGCAGGUUUACCUACAAACCCCUACUCAUCUGCCCAAGACAUGGCUGAACAGGUGGGAUGUUAAAUUAUUUCCUGAAAAAACAAAACAAAAACAAAACAAAAAGAAAUCAGAUCUACUGAGACAUAGACCUGAGAUGAUGGAGCCUGGCUUCAGAUUUUGGCUUUCAGAAAAAACCCUUCAUCAGCUCUGCAGCUGAAGGCUGCCCUUUUCCACCAAGCUCCAGCUCAGAGAAUGGACCCUGUCGCUCUGGCAUUGUUCUGUUCAGAUCUCGUCUGUGCAGUGACAGCUGGCUGAGAGAGCGGAGAAGGAGGCAGGGAGGUGGCGUCUGGAUGGUGACGCUGCUACCAGAGGUUUUUCAGAAUAUCACACUGACACAAACACACGGACAAACACAGACCGACUCAAACGUGCAGGAUACUAAUAUGCAGGGGUGUGCACAAGUCUUGAGACGCAGUAGAAAAAAAAUUCUUUUUCACAUACCUUAAACAAA